AUGAGAGAUAUUAUAUCAAUUAAAUUCAUUGAAUUUUUGAAAAAUGAAAUAUAACUUUCCCCAAAAGCAUUAUGCACAAAGAGCCUUAUACAUAAUUCUAUUAAGAAAAUUAAAAAUAUAAUAUAAUCUAAAUCUGUUGAUACAUCAUUAUAAGACGUUUCUUAAGAAUCAUCAUAAUAGCAAGAAUCAGAUAUAAUUUAUGUAAUACUUAUCAUGAUAAAUAACUGUAGAAACAAAUGUAGAUAUUUCCCUACCUUCGUAUUUGAAGGAUCUUAAAACAUAAGAUACAAAUAGCGCUUAGCAUUUAAAAUAUACAUCUUCGAAGUAGUUGCUUAAGGAAAUAGCGUUCUUUAUAAACUUUGA